AUGAGCACUCACACGCAUGCACAGAGAUCGACGGAGGCUCCCAUGGACUUCCAGUUUACGUCUCGACCAAGCAGUAAUACGAAGCCAGUCUGGGCUAAUAAUGGCUUGAAUACGCCCCGAAAACGUCCAUUUGAUGACCUUCAACCCACGAGUCCGGCAUUUCCUCAGCCACCUCCAACUCCCAUAUUUGGAGAAAACCGCAACGUGCCGUUCAUUUUCCAGGCUCCAGCACUGCAGACUCCUCCAGUCUACCCGUGGGUGCCUCCCGUGAAUUUCUCGCCUCAGAAAGCAUUUCCUGUGCAGGAGGUGCGCGAUGUGGACAUGUCCGAGCUUAGUCCUCCUAAAUCCGAGGCUUCUGAGAAAGAAAACGGGAGAAUAGUUGCCACAGGGGCGCUCAGAAGGGUCUUUAACUCGAGGCAGAAGGCUCGUACAAAAAGCCAACACGUUGUAUCAUUACGUGACGACCUGGGGUACGGCAGCGAGGAAGAAAUUGAUGGCGAUGCAGAUCAUGCCGGGCUCAUGACACGAAACACAUCAAACCACUACACGCUCAACAUGCCGGCUAACCCAGCGCCACGGGCAGAUACGCCACAGGUCUUGCUAGGAUACUUACAGUUCUUUUUUAAUCUGUCUCUUGUCGUGGUGUUUCUUUAUCUCCUGGUGCAGUUCAUUCUCACAGUACAACGUGAUGUCGAACAUCGGAUCUCAGAAUAUUCGAUGGAUAUCGUGCAAGAGAUCGGCAUGUGUGCUACACAGUACAGGAACAACCUAUGUGAAAAUAACCCUGUGCCUGCCAUGAUCCAACAAUGUGCAUCUUGGAAAACAUGUAUGGAUCGUGAUCCAAGCAUGGUUGGUCGUGCUCGAGUAGGUGCAGAACUCAUUGCGGAUGUCAUCAAUGGUUUUGUGGAGCCUAUUAGCUGGAAAACAUUGGCUUUUACGUUGACAUCACUAACUUUCUUGACGUUCUCCCUGUACCGCUCACGUCAUGAAGGUGGACAUUCUCCGUCAAGGUACCCAGUUCCCCCUAUGACACCGUUUCCUCAUCAUUACCUUGCUUCUGGGCUGGCACCUCGGGGUUCUGGGCUUGGAAGUGAUGACGAUAUUUUCGGAGAUGCACCUCGUAGAAGACGUGGAGAAGACGGACAGGCGAUUAAAGUGAAAUGA